CGGGGUGCGAUGGAGUCGAUCGGGUGGCAUAUUGAAAGGUUCACGAUAACGCGCGCGGGUGGUGUACUGUACACGCGCGUUCACAACACCUCAGGGCGCGAUGCACGUGCUCACAGUUGUGUAAUUGUGAGUGCGCUUAUAUGCUUCGUGACCCUAUAAGUAUAUAAAAGGCCAAGGAAAUAGAAGGAAAUAAAUUAUCGAGUUAAUGAAGUGGCGUUUGUGAGCAGAGUUGUACUUGCUGUUGAGGGCGCUAUAUAAAACAGCGAUGGAUGGAUGGAUGGAUGAGGUUCUGUCGCCCGUUAAGAUCCAGGGCGUUUGCAAAUGCAGAGUACUUGGUUGAAGACUCCUUUAAGUGUGCGCAUCGACCUGGAGUGUCCUUCUGAAGCUCGCUUUUUUGGUUGUUCCAAUGCGCGCGUCUCGCUCAGAGGACGCAGGGAUUAUAAACGGCAUCUAGCGAAAGAGAGAGAGAGAGAGAGAGCGAGAGCGGCCGAGCGACGGAGAGAGAGAGAGAGAGGUGUUGGCAAGGCAGCGCCGCCACUGUCAAACGUCGAGCCGGUGGGACAGGCGCAAUGCCCGCGGCCGCUACAAUGCGAGCGAAACGGACCCCCUCUGCACAACUUCCCAAACUGCACAUGGCGCCCUGACAUAGCGCUCCGUGGGGGAGAAGGGGUGCGAGUGACUUCGAGAGGAACUUGAGGAAGAAAUGCGUUACGAUUCCGAUGCCACACCGGGGCAGCUCUUUUUGGGGAUUUUCCUUCUUUUAAAAACAUUUGUUUGGGACCCCCCGAGCUGCCCCGCACGACGGCUACGGCUGUUGCUGCCGCAUAAACACCCAAAGUCGAAUGGAAUAGUCGCUAAGGGAUUAUUUUGAACCGAAGGAGGAUGCCUGUUAUGAAGGGAUUGUUGGCUCCGCAGAACACCUUUCUGGACACCAUAGCAACGAGGUUUGAUGGGACCCAUAGCAACUUCCUGCUGGGUAACGGGCAGAUGCACCGCGGCUUUCCUAUCGUCUACUGCUCGGAUGGCUUCUGUGACCUCACGGGCUUCGUUCGCACCGAGGUCAUGCAGAAGAACUGCACCUGCCGCUUCCUCUACGGGGUGGAGACCAGCGAGCUCGUCUCUCAGCAGAUGGAGAAGGCGCUGGAGAGCCGGCAGGAGUACCAGGCCGAGGUGUGCUUCUACAAGAAGAGCGGUGUCCCCUUCUGGUGCUUACUGGACAUCGUCCCUAUUAAGAAUGAGAAAGGAGAAGUGGUCCUUUUUCUCUUUUCCUUCAAGGACAUCACCGAGAGCCACGGGAAGAGUCACCAGAACGGCUGCAAGGAAGAAGGCCGAAAGGAAUAUCGGAAUAAAAAGGGUGGGGCUUCACACUUCUCUGCCGCCCGGAAGCGCGGCCGUACGGUGCUCCACCACCUGACCAGCCAGUUCACCAGCCGGAACAAGAGCGAGGUCAAGCUCCACAACAGCAUGUUUGACAACAAGCCGUCCGUUCCGGAGUACAAAGUGGCAGCCGUGCAGAAAUCUCGCUUCAUCUUGCUUCAUUACAGCAUCUGCAAGGCGCUCUGGGAUUGGCUGAUCCUGCUGGCCACGUUUUAUGUGGCCGUAACGGUGCCCUACAACGUCUGCUUCACUGCCUAUGAUGACUGCGAGUCUGCUUCUCGUAGCACCAUUGUCAGCGACAUUGCUGUGGAGAUGCUCUUCAUCCUGGACAUUGCGCUGAACUUUCGCACCACUUAUGUGAGCCAGUCAGGCCAGGUGGUCUAUGAGCCGCGGUCCAUCUGCAUUCACUACGCCGCCACCUGGUUCUUUGUGGACCUGAUUGCUGCUCUGCCCUUUGACCUACUGUAUGCAUUCAACAUCACGGUGACCUCACUAGUCCAUUUGCUGAAGACGGUACGGCUCUUGCGCCUGCUGCGCCUCCUCCAGAAGCUGGACCGUUACUCUCAGUAUAGUGCCAUGGUGCUCACGUUGCUCAUGUCUAUGUUUGCCCUGCUGGCCCACUGGAUGGCCUGCAUCUGGUACGUGAUUGGUCGAAAGGAAAUGGAGAACAACGAUCCAGUGACCUGGGAUAUCGGGUGGCUACACGAGCUGGGCAAGAGACUGGAGUCCCCGUACAUCAAUAACUCAUUAGGGGGGCCAUCCAUCCGCAGCGCCUACAUCGCGUCCCUCUACUUCACUCUCAGCAGCCUGACGAGCGUGGGCUUUGGAAACGUGUGCGCCAACACGGACGCUGAGAAGAUCUUCUCUAUCUGUACCAUGCUGAUUGGAGCUCUGAUGCAUGCCGUCGUCUUUGGCAACGUAACAGCGAUAAUCCAGCGCAUGUACUCGCGCCGUUCCCUCUACCACACGCGCAUGAAGGACCUGAAAGACUUCAUCCGGGUCCAUCGCCUCCCUCAACAGCUCAAACAGAGGAUGCUCGAGUACUUCCAGACAACCUGGUCCGUCAACAAUGGCAUCGAUGCCAACGAGCUCCUGCACGACUUCCCAGAUGAGCUGCGAGCAGACAUCGCCAUGCACCUCAACAAGGACAUCCUGCAGUUGCCCCUGUUUGAGUCGGCCAGCCGCGGCUGCCUGCGCUCCCUGUCCCUGCACAUCAAGACGUCCUUCUGUGCCCCGGGCGAGUACCUCAUCAGGCAGGGGGACGCUCUGCAGGCCAACUACUUUGUGUGCUCCGGCUCUCUCGAGGUCCUCAAGGACAACAUGGUUCUGGCCAUCCUAGGUAAAGGCGACCUAAUCGGAGCUGACCUGCCCCCCAAGGACCAGGUGAUCAAGACCAACGCAGACGUGAAGGCCCUGACCUACUGUGACCUCCAGUACAUCAGCGUGCAGGCCCUGCGUGACGUGCUUGAGCUCUACCCAGAGUACGCCAGCAAGUUCACCGCUGACAUCCACCACAACCUGACCUACAACCUCCGCGAGGGCAGCGAGGCCGAGGGUCUCUCCAGGUUUUCGAGAUCUCCACGCCUCUCUCAGCCACGCCUAGAUAGCAGCUGUACUGGUGACACCAAGAAACUGCCAUCCAUUGUAGAGGAUGAAGAUGACGAUGAGCUUUUCCACCUCUCGCCUUCUAGCAGAACACACCGGAAGAUCAUUCUGCCCAGUCUGAACAGCCCAGUGCGUCGCGGCUCCCUGGGCAACCUGUUAGGCGAUGAGCUGAGGCAGUUCAAUGCCUUGCGCCGCACCUGCCGGUCACCAGUCAGUGGACACCGCGGCCGGAGCCCUUCACCGCAGCAGAGCAAGAAAGACGAGCUGAGCCCCUGUGUUGAGGCCUGCAAUGGGCGCAAACCUGCCAAGCUGCUGAUUCCUUCACUGAACUGUUUUGGACCCCCGGACCUCAGCCCCAGAGUUGUGGAUGGGAUUGAAGACAACCAGAGAACCUCUGAGAUGCACUCGUUUCACUUCAAUGUGGAGCACAACACAAGCAGGGCCUCUGGGGACAGCGGAGUCAAAGAUGCAAAUAAAGUGAACUCGAUCUUACUGGCGGAGACGGAGGAAGUGAGACAGAGCAUCAGCCGGCUGAACCAGGAGAUGGACCGUCUCAACAAUGAGGUCUCCCAGCUGAGCAAGGAGCUUCAUCACAUGAUCCACCUGGUGCAGGCGCAGCUGGCUGUCCAGCAUUACACCUCAGCGCUCUCGUCCUACCAGUACGGUGUCAAGAUGGUCCCCUCUCCGCCUCACAGCACUUCGGCCCACCCACCAAUGAGCUGCGGGACAGGAGCCUUGUGGAACCACGGGGCCCCCGCUAUGGCAACCAAGGAGACGGAUGGACUGCAGCCUCCCUCCAGCCCCAGGACGCCGUGCCUUCACACUCCUUGUUAUGGAGAGAGGCAGACCAUGAGCCAGGGAGCAGACCCUCAUGGAGGAGUUCCAAAUUCGCCAUUCUCGAUGCGGCACGUCAGGACUCACACACCCAUACUGAGCCCGGCGGGAGCCUACCCUGUCUUUUCCAGCUCUGCUGUGCCAGUGUUCACCAGCCCCUCAGGUGGCACACUGGCUUUGCCCACAUCUAUGGACUUCAGUCUCUCCCAGCCUUCCAAAUCCAGCACGCCAACACCGGUCCACUCCACAUUGAUCACCACCAGCACUGCCCACCAGCACCUGUCUGCCACUCUCCACUACCCAUAUUCAAAUUUGGCUUCCUCUCAAGAACAUUCUCCGUGUGGGACCCUCAGCCCCAGACAGAACAACUUGGUGGGCUCUAGCCCUACUCAUUCUGUGUCGUUCAACUCUGGCAUCCCCGGGACUCCAAGAACUGCACCAUGCCCCAGUACAACCACCAUUAAGACUUCGCUGGCUUCUCAGGGUUCAACAGAAAACUGUGAACCAGGGCUAGGGGGCGCCACUCCAACAGGGGAGGAGACCCCACUGACACAACGGGGCUCAUGGGAGAGACUGCUGCUGCUCAAUCCUCCGGACUUGAUAGAAGACAGGGAGGUGUGCCAGUCACGGCGCUCCAGCGUGGGCACCCAGACGCUGGACGCAGAGGUCUUCUGGAGUCUGGAGACCACAGACUGAGCGACCUAACUGCCAUUUUGUUAGAGACGAUAAAGCAUCCCAAAGAACGUCGCCUAGAAAAAUUGCGAGGCUUCUGUUUUUGUUCCAUUUCUUUAACAGUUUUGUUCCAUACAUUUUCUUUUGGUUUUUUUGCCAUGCCGAGUCUCAUCCGUGUGAACUCCUGCCUGAUCCCCCACAACGAGACUGGCACAUCGUCCUUUAACUGCAUGUCAACGAGCGCCGCUUCCUGCCCGGGGUCUCUUCCCGCACGGUUCCUUUUGGACGUAAACUUUUAAUUAACGGCUCCCUGGAGCUCACGCAUGACUGAGGUUCUGUCAUUGGAAAUGUCAGCCAUGUCCCGCUGGUGCCAGGGGAAUGAACCCGACUCGCCCGCCUUGUCACAGAGAGACGCGCCAGCCCCUAAACUCGGAGACUUUUCUGGUUGUAUCAGUCACGCUUUCCAGUCAAGUGCCUCGACAAAUAGGGUGGGCGAAUGGGGGGGGGGUUCUCAAAACCCCCCACUUGUUAAAAUGAUUUAGACGUUGGUAGAAUUAUCACGUAGAGAUCGGGGCACACAUCCAAUUUAGAGCUGUCUUCUGCUCCUCUGUCACUUAUCAUUUAGAGAGCAGGCACACUUCCAAUUAAACGGUGUCGUCUUCUCCUCCUUCGCUGUCCCCCUUCUGCUAGGGGGUUUGGCUGCCUCGAUGCGUCUCUUCCAUCUUUUCUUCUCCAUCAUAUCUGUGCCCACGCUGUCCUCUCCUCCCCAUGUGACUCCAUCGGGUGAAAUCCUGCCCAGGUGGCACUUGUCAUGUGAUGUCCUGGCAUAAAACGCAGAAAGCGGAAGUCCUAAAGAGUUCUCCAAGCCCAAAUAUCUCUAGUAUGUAUUCACAUUUCUAUACGCGUGCAGGCCUGUGAAAAAGUAAGUGCCCCCAAUGACAUGGUUAUUCUUUCUUUAACAUUUGUGGACAUACCAGGAUUUGAUCUUCAUUUAAAAAGGCGUCUUUAAGUAGAAGGGGAUGUAAUUGGGUGGAAAAAAAUGAAAAUUGGAAUUUGUAAUCAUUUAUUCAUUGAAAAAUUAGCCGAUAUGCUAACAAGCCCCCCCACCCCCAAAACCCCACCUCUAAUAGCUGCCAUUGCCCCCCUUAAUUCGGCGUUUCCUAUCACCGUCUAGCAGUGUCUGACAUCGACUGAUAGACAAACUUGUUCCCAGUCCUCUGUGCAGAAUUCCUUAUGCUGUGUGAUGUUUGAGGAGGGUCCUGCGGGCACUACCCGUUUACAAACCCUCAUACACACACCCACCCAGCAUCUGGAUUGGAUUCAGACCCCCGGUUUGGACUUGGCCAGAGCUCCAGAACCCCUCCAUUUCUCUCUUUUCUGACAUUCCCUGGUGGAUUUGCUGUGUGUUUAGGGUGACGGUCCUGUCCCAGUGUCCACUUUAGAUUGAGCUUCGGUGUCCUGAGAGAUGGUCACACAGGCCCCCUCUGGUACAUAUGAAGAAUUCCAAGUGGAUUCUAGGAUGGUUCUUCUGCUCAAAGGCUGUCUCUGGUUUUUCACCACACUUGUCUUCUGGUGUUGUGGCCUGGUCUGUCCACAGGCCCAUUGUUUCAGAAGUCCCCGUCUUUUCUUGGGUGUUUAGUCUCGUCCUGAUGUUCUUUUUUGCUUUUCACCAGGCACAUCAAAUCUGUGCAGCCUCUUUCUAAAUGUUCACUCGAUGCACAUUGAUAUCAACAGGGGCCAGAGCUCCCUGGAGGUCUUGUGAUGAACUUCUGGAGUUCUUUGGGACUUCUUUUGUCAAAGUCUUGUGUUCUUCUCUGGGGCUGAGCCUGCUGGGGUGGCCUGGCCUGGACAAACUGGAAGUUGUUUGCAGUCGCCCUCACUUGUACGAUGAUCUUCUAGACCCAGGGGUCCUCCAUCACGAUCCUGGAGGACCACCGUGGCUGCAGGUUUUUGCUCCAACCCAAUGGCUUAAUAAGAAG